AUGCACCUUCGAUUCAUCGAUACAUUCCGGUUUACACCUGAUAGUUUAGACAACCUGGUCACUAACCUAGUCAAAUCAGCAUCAAAUCCUGAAGACUUGUCCAAAGUGCUGUCACAUACUGCCAAGGUGUUUGGAAACAAAUUGAGCCUUGUCUCAAGGAAAGGAGUGUUUCCAUACGACUACUGCGAUUCAUGGCAGAGACUCGAAGAAACAUUGCUACCACCCAAAGAGGCAUUUUUCAGCAAGCUGGUUGAUAGGAGUGUUAGCAGUGAUGAUUAUGAACAUGCUCAAACUGUGUGGAACCAAUUCAGUUGUAGAACUCUAGGAGAAUACAGUGACCUGUACUUGAAAACAGAUGUUCUACUGUUGGCCGAUGUCUUUGAGAGCUUCCGCGAUGUAUGCAUGAAGACUUAUGAUUUGGAUUGUGCGCACUACUUUACAUCUCCAGGCUUUUCCUUUGACGUCAUGCUGAAAUAUACUAAAGUUGAGCUUGAGCUCCUUACUGACUAUGACAUGUACAUGUUUAUCGAGCGAGGUAUCAGAGGAGGAAUAACAAAUUGUAUACACCGUCAUGCAAUUGCCAACAACAAGUGCACUGGCGCACCUUGGGAUCCAGAGAAGCCUACAUCCUAUCUGUUAUAUACAGAUGCCAACAACCUAUAUGGCUGGGCAAUGUGUCAGCCAAUUCCAUGCCGCCAAUUCCAAUGGAUGGAUAAAGAAGAAUUGGAAGCAGUGACAAUGGGUAUUACAGGUUUAGGGGAUAAUAUGGAGAUUGGAUACAUUCUAGAGGUGGACAUUGAAUACCCUUCCAACUUGCACAGCGAGCACAAUGAUUUCCCAUUUCUUGCAGAGAACAAGAAAACUCUUAAAUCCAAUCAUGUACGACUCAUGACAACCCUGUAUGGUCGGGAACAUUAUGUAUGUCACUACCGCACCCUAAAACAAGCAGUACAGCAUGGGUUGAAGAUAAAAAAGGCUCAUCGAGGUGUGCGGUUUGAGCAGAAAAACUUUCUAGCAUCAUACAUCAUACUUAAUACAAAGCUAAGACAGCAGUCAAAGAAUAAAUUUGAAAAGAACUUUUUCAAACUCAUGAACAAUGCUGUGUUUGGUAAGACAAUGGAAAAUGUGCGAAAAAGAAUGAGCAUGGAGCUAGUGAAUGAUGAGAAGCGAUUGAAGAAACUGAUUGCUCGACCAGUGUACAAGGAUCGUAUCAUAUUUGGAGAGAAUAUUUGUGCUGUUACGAUGCAUAAGGAAAAAGUGGAGCUCAAUAAGCCAAUCUAUAUAGGGUUAUCAGUGCUUGACAUCAGCAAAACCCUCAUGUAUGAAUUCCAUUAUAACAUCAUGAAGCCCAUCUACAAGGACCGUCUUCAGCUCUUAUAUCAAGAUACUGAUAGCUUGUUCUACCUUGUCAAGACAGAGGACAUGUACAAAGAUAUCAUCAACAACCAACAACUGAAAGAUACCUUUGACACCUCAGAGUACCCUCCAGACCACCCAUGCUAUUCAGAUGCAAACAAAAUGGUGCUUGGUAAGUUUAAAGAUGAAUAUGCUGGCCGAGCACCACUUGAGUAUGUAGGCUUACAAUCAAAGCUAUAUGCCUGUAGGUGUUACAAUAGUGAUCCAAAUCAGCUGACAAGUGGAUUGAUAAAGAAAGCUAAAGGAGUGAGGAGACCAAUACUUGGGCGAGAACUCUCAAAAAUGCAUCCAGAUGCUGAACGUUACAUAGGCUUCCAAGACUAUCUGGAUUGUCUAUAUGGUGACGAGGAUAUCUAUAGAGAACAAGUGAUGUUUGGUACUAGGAAACAUCAGAUCAUGACCCAAGUCAUGAGAAAGAAGGCAUUGAGCAAAGCUGAUGAGAAGAGAUCGCUCAAACAUCUUAUGUGGACAAAGUUUACUGAACAAGGAACCUAUUUGUGGACAGGCAUCCUAACCUCACUCUUGAAAGAGUACAAUGAACGGGUCCAUAGAACAACAGGUAUGCGGCCAGUUGACGUUAAGAGCAAGAAGCAUGAGAGGCUGUUGCUUUCCAGGCUCAGCAAACAAAGGCAAGAAUAUAAGGAAAAGUUGGUCAGCAAACCUCAAAACAAGUUUUAUCCAGGUCCCAGUCAGAGUAUUGAGCCUGGUGAUAAAGUGAGAAUCAGCAAGUAUAAAAAGACGUUUGACAAGGGAUAUCUAGCCAAUUGGACUAAUGAACUGUUCACAGUAAGACAUGUGCGACCUACAGUGCCUGUAACCUAUGAAUUGGAGGACUAUAGAGGUGAACCCAUUGAAGGAGGAUUCUAUUCUGAAGAAAUUGUAAAGACAAAAGUGCCCAGUGUUUUCGAAAUUGAGAAAGUGUUGAGGAAAAGAGGGAAUAAACUGUUGGUACGCUGGAAAGGAUAUAGCUCCAGUCAUGACUCAUGGAUUGAUAAGAACGAUCUUGUGUAA